AUGACCGAUCCAAAUCCCGUGCAGCUGCGGCAAUGGGCCGAUGCUCCAUAUCCGUUGAUCGAGACACCGAAGCAUAAGGAAGGAAAGGCAGAGUUUAGUUCUACGAGAAUUGGAAAUACCGAUCCGUACAUGGAGGCUGCAAGUACAAUGUGUGUAGUUCACAACUCACUCCUCCGUGGACUCAACAGCAUAUAUAUCCAGGGACCAAACAUCCUACCUGCUGAUUACGCGGAUUUUAUUGGCUAUAGCUUGUGCUGGUAUUCUGUUGUUCAUGAACAUCACACCAGCGAGGAAGAUAUGUUUUUCCCUCAGAUCGAAGAAGCAGUCGGCGAGAAAGGCUUACUUGAUAGCAAUGUUGAAGAACAUAAAUCCUUCCAAUCAGGCUUAGAUGAGUUUAAUAAUUAUCUCUCCGGCCUAGUUGGAAAAGAAUCAUCAUUCAAUGCCGAGCAUCUUAACAGCAUCAUCGCCUUAUUUGCCCCAGCACUAUGCAACCACCUCGCAGCCGAGAUCCCAAGUCUCCUAGCACUCAGCAAAUACGGCGCCAACCUUCCAAUAGAAGAUCUUUGGAGUAAAGAAGGAAAGCACACAGUAACAGCAAUGACGAAAUUCAACGCCCUUCCAUUCUUCUUCCUCAAUCUGGACGUUACGCAUGAAGAGCACCUGUGGAAAGAUUGGCCGCCUAUUCCUGGGCCUGCGAGAUGGAUGAUCACGCAUUGUUUUACGUUGUGGCACCGCGGAUACUGGAAGUUUGCUAGCUGUGAUGCAAGUGGGGUGCCGAGGCCUCUGUACGCGCCAGGUCCACGUGGUGGGUGA